ACAAGUAUAGCUUAAGCAGAGUUUAAGAAUUAAGCUGAGUUUAAACACAGUUCAAUUUUUUAGAGUGUUGUACAUACUUCACUCAACAACUAAACGCAACUUAAGUUUUGUUUUAUUUAAGCAGCCGAUUUUGUUGGUUUAAGCUUAGUUUUGGUUCUUUGCGCAUAGUCACCGAUUUGUUAGUUUUGUUAGGUUAUAAUUUUAUGUAAUACCUGUUACCAUUGAUUAACAUAAUCAAUGCUGUUACCCUCCAAAUUGUAAUGGAGUUGCAUGCACUAACAGAUGAUGAAGAUUUCCUAGAAGUAAUUAAUAUAAUUGGACGCAGAAGAGCAGCAAAGAUAUAUAGGCACCGAGAUAACCACUUUACAAAGUGGAAUGAUAAGGAAUUUUUAAAUAGAUUUAGGUUAUCCAAAGAUUCAGUUCGUUUUGUAAUUGAUUUAAUACAAGAAGAAAUAUCACAUCCCACAAACAGAAACUUUGCAGUAAGUGCCGAGUGUAUGGUAUUAUUGGCACUAAGGUAUUUAGCAACUGGCUGCUUUUUGUCAGUUGCAGGCGACUUUAUUGGCAUCGAUAAAUCUACUGCAAGCAGACUUACUACAAAAGUCUGUCGAGCCAUUGCCAGUCAACACCUCAUUUUUAUCAAAAUGCCUACCACAGAGGAAGAAAUGAGAGAAAGAAGUAGAGGCUUUUACAUGAUUAGUCGUUUCCCCAAAUGCAUUGGUGCUAUUGACUGUACCCAUGUGAAGAUUAUAUCCCCCGGUAACAAUGCUGAGAUUUUUCGAAAUCGGAAAAAUUUUUUUUCUUAUAAUGUGCAAGCUGUUUGUGAUGCAAGCCUGAGGAUUCAAAAUAUUGUAUGCAGAUGGCCUGGGUCAUCUCAUGAUAGCACAAUAUUUUUACAUUCUCAAAUAAGAAAUCAAUUUGAGAAUGGAGACUUUAGAGGGUACUUAUUAGUUGGAGAUGCAGGAUAUGCUAUUAAGCCGUAUUUAAUUACUCCUCUAAGAAAUCCGAUCACUCGUACUGAAAAUUUAUUCAAUGAAUCCCAAAUACGCACACGUAACCCAAUAGAACGGUGCUUUGGUGUGAUGAAACGCCGAUUUCCCAUAUUGUCAUUUGGGAUUCGACAACGCGCAGAAAAGGUCGAGGCUAUAGUAAUUGCAACUGCAGUAUUACAUAAUAUAGCUAGGAACUUUAAUGAUGCACUGCCAGACAUAAAUGAGGAAGAACAAGAAGCUAUUGCAGCUGCUGAAAUAAAUUUCGAAGUGGAAAAUGUUCCAUAUUACAACAAUGGACUAAAUAAUGCUGUACGUCAUCACCUUAUUCACGAAUACUUUAAUCGCUUAGCAUAGUGUACAGUGUAUAUUACGAACAAACUUAUUGUUUAACAUUUUUUAAUAACAUAUCUUUUUGUAACUUCAAAAUUUCCAUUUUUAAUUUGUGUUCUUCUUUCAUACAUUCUAGUUCGAACUCAGAUUUUGUCUUUUUUAUUUCUAAAUUUAACUUAUGUUCCUCUUCCGUAUGUUUUAAUUUUACUUUUUGUUCUUCCAAAACACCUUCCAUUCUACUCUCUUCCAGUUUUGUUUUAGCCUCUGCCCACUGCGAAAUCUUCUUGUUAAUAACACCCUGGGAUGUAUCUAAAAUUUUAAAAUAAUUAGUAUUUAUAGUACAUUUCUGAAAGUGAUUUUACCAGUGGUGUUUACACAAAGCGCAGCUGAUUUUUUUCUUUUAAGCAUAUUAGGUGUGUACUUUUUCCAGUUUUUAUCACCUACAAAUUCAGAAGGAACUUAGAUUUAAUACUUUAUGACCAGUACCGUAUACUACCAUUAUUUUCGAUAUCAUCUGUUGCAGAUGGUUUUACGGUCGAACUGUAGUCGUGAUCGUUAGCAAACUCUACUAUCAUCUCUGUAACGAAACAAUAUUGAACCACACACACACUUGGAAGUCCUUAUUUACCAUUACUAACUUGCAGGUCGUCUGUUUCUGGUAUUUCAAUUUCAACUGGAAGUAGUAAAAUGUAUGUAAAUUGUUUAUAAUGUACACAUUUUUUACUUACUAGCAUCCCCAUCAAAUUGUGAUUGAAAUCCCUCUGCUCUUGGGCCAAGUAUAUCUUUAAUGCCCUCUUCGGUGUCAUUUAAUGGGGUGUCUUUGUAAGGACCACCCCCAGUUCCCAUUGAAUACGUUUUAUUUUCAGACAGUUUCUUUUUCACCCUUUUCUUUAGAUUUUCGAACUUCUUUUUUAACACAGCUUCACUACGGUGGCUGUCGUUUACUACAUUGAACUCCCGAGCAACAUUUGACCAGGCUUCGGUCUUUUGUUGGUUCGUAACCGCAUCUGUUUUUUUGCACUCUAAGACAUGUUCAUAUUGUUUUACUAAACUGGUUAAUAUUGCCUCUUCUUUCGCGGUAAAAUUGGCUGCACGCACUUUUUUUUCGUUAGAGCACAUCGUUAUAAAUAAACUAGUAUUGAUUGAAGGUUAAGUUUAUUCACAACAAAUAUCCAAUUAAUUCUUUAUGCGCAUGUUUGCACGUUGCCAACAACAGAAAAUUGUGGUUUUGGUAAACGAAGUUUGAACGCAGUUUGUACAACGAGGUUAAACGAAAACUACGCUCAAAACUUGGGCGUAGUUUAGUUAAACCAUCCCUGAACUUCACACUUGUACAACCGGCCCU